ACAGAUAGGAAAUGGCGAGAGAUUUUUGCUCACAGUCACAGAGAAAAAGAGGUUAAAAAAAGAGGGAAUCAAAGGCUAAGGGCGAGCCACUGGUGUUGUAUGACAUGUCCGCAUCUCGUUGGCCCAGGUGCAACCACCGCAUCCUACACGAGACAGCCUCCGCGCCACUCACCCCUCCGCACCCUGAGCGACCAGAGCUUCCACUACCAUGGCCAUCACCGCCGCCGCCUCCAGCAUCCCCCACCUCCACGCCGCGCCAGCCACUGGCCGCCGCGGGAACGUCGUCGCCUCCGCCGUGCGGUUCGAUCGCCGUUCGGCCGCCCUACUCCUGCUGUCCGCGGCGGGCGCGGCGGCGGCGCCAGCUUCAGCUCCUCCCGCGAACGCGGAGAGCAUAGGGCUCUUCGGCAUCCGCAAGAAGCUGGAGCGGGCGGAGGAGGCAGCGGCGGAGGCGGUGCGGGAGGUGGAGGCGGCGGCGGUGGAGGCCGCGGAGGUCGGUGGGGAAGCGGUGAAGGAGACGGUGGAGGCGACGGAGAAGGAGGCGGAGGGCCUGCAGCUGGUGGCCGGCGCGGAGCUCGCCGGAGACGGUCUGGUCCAGGCCGCGGUGGUCGCCGGAGCGGAGGCCCUUGGGGUCGUUGUGGGCUUGUCCGUGGUCAAUGGCAUCCUACGGCCCGAAACAUAGAUGCUGUACUGUGUUAUGUGGGCCUUGUAGUUUUAGCCCACCGGGUGUUUGGGCUAUUAUUUUUCCAUUUUUGGUUGAUCAUUUUGUUGUGUAAGUUAAUUGUGGGGAACAUUAUAUAGCGGUCGACCGAUUCACCCCAA